AGACUCGCUUUCUGCCGUGUCUUUGUGAGAUUUUUUAUCCGUGACUGUAUUAAUCAAAAAGUGUAAUUCAAAAUGACUACUUAUUUCAACUAUCCGCCACCUGAGAUCCAGGCCGAGCUGAAGCAGAUCGCCGAAGCUAUUGUUGCACCUGGCAAGGGUAUUUUGGCCGCCGAUGAGUCCACCGCCACUUGCGGAAAGAGAUUCUCUGGCAUUGGAGUGGAAAACACCGAAGAGAACCGUCGCCUUUACCGUCAGCUGCUGUUCACGGCCGAUGAUGCAGUGACGCAGAACAUCAGUGGUGUCAUCCUGUAUCACGAAACACUGUACCAGAAGACUGACGAUGGAACUCCGUUCGUGGAAGUGUUGAAGAAGAAGAACAUUAUUCCCGGCAUCAAGGUUGAUAAGGGUGUUGUGCCGCUGCUCGGCUCUGAGGACGAGUGUACGACUCAAGGUCUGGAUGACUUGCAGCAGCGUUGCGCCCAGUACAAGAAGGAUGGUUGUCAAUUUGCGAAGUGGCGUUGUGUGUUGAAGAUCUCCAAGAACACCCCGUCGUAUCAGGCCAUCUUGGAGAAUGCCAAUGUACUCGCCAGAUACGCAUCCAUUUGCCAGUCAGAGCGCAUUGUCCCGAUUGUGGAACCUGAGGUUCUUCCCGAUGGUGAUCACGAUGUCGACAGAGCGCAGAAGGUUACCGAGACUGUGCUUGCAGCUGUGUACAAGGCCCUCAAUGACCACCACGUGUACCUCGAGGGAACCCUGUUGAAGCCAAACAUGGUCACUUCUGGUCAGAGCUGCCCCAAGAAAUCCACCUUCCUGGAUAAUGCUCGGGCAACUGUUCUCGCACUCUCACGCACUGUUCCCCCGGCAGUUACUGGUGUGACAUUCCUGUCUGGUGGACAGAGUGAAGAAGAGGCUACCGUCAACCUGAACGCAAUCAACACGAUCCCGUUGCGCAAGCCGUGGGCUUUGACCUUCUCGUACGGUCGAGCUCUGCAGGCCUCUGUGCUGAAGGCCUGGGGUGGCAAGAAGGAAAAUGUUCCCGCUGCCCAACAAGAACUCAUUAAGCGUGCAAAGGCCAAUGGAGAUGCCGCUCAGGGCAAAUAUGCCGCUGGUAGCUGCGCUGGAGCUGCUGCUGGUGAAGGCCUCUUCAUCAAGAAUCACGCGUACUAAAAAGUGCAGGAAGGAAAAAGAAUCCUCUGAAAAAAAAGCGAAAGAAUCAUCUCGUUUCUACCACUAUAGCUUCUUCCUCCGUCACGCGCAGUAUUUCCCUUUUUCACCCCGGGAGUGCGUCCUGCACAACGUUGAUGGAGCAUCGUGCAAUAAGCUUGAUCUAGCGUCUCUGGCCCGAGGGCCUAAAGUUACAGCUAAUCAUGAAUAAAUAAUAAGUUUAUCCUGCGAAUUGGAUCUUGUAGAGGAGAGAAAUUUUAGUGUCUAUAUGAGUGUGUUGGUGGGGAUGAGUCAAGUUCUAUACAUGUUCAUGGAUCUGUUGGUAUUCAGAAGUUUGAGGUGCUGAAAUGUGUCAUGGAAAGCUAUCCCGCUUGGGUUUGGAAGAAAUAAAACCGCGGUCAUAUUGAUGGUAGACACCAAA